GCCAGCCCAGCCACAGCCUCUCUCCCUCGCUCCCGAGCUCAGCUCGCCUCCCCUCCGUCUCACCUCGCCCCACCUCGCCUGCUCCUCCCACCCCGCCGUCCUCAUGCUCCUCCCAAUGCGCCGCCUCGCUUCUUCUCCUUCCCUCCCAGCCGUCUACCCACACAUCUCCCCCGCGCGGCGCUCCCUUGGACUCCGGCGACAACAUGGUCGAGGGGCGCCGGCAAGGAGGACGUCAGCGACGCCUGUGGUAUGCUGCUCGGGUUCCCUGCCCGUAGCCAGUCAGUCGAGCCAAUCCACAAUGACCGGAGCGAAUCCGGUGACGGUGGCGGGCACAGAGAGAUCGUCGGAGUGGAGCGGGGACGCGAUACGCCGGCGUUUCCUCGAUUUCUACGCCGCCCGUGGCCACAAGAUUCUUCCGAGCUCGUCUCUCGUGCCCGAUGACCCCACCGUGUUCCUCACCAUAGCUGGGAUGCUUCAGUUCAAGCCUAUAUUUCUUGGCAAGGAACCUAGGCGUGUACCAUGUGCCACCACCUCCCAGAAAUGUAUACGGACAAAUGACAUUGAGAAUGUGGGACGCACAUCCCGACAUCAAACCUUCUUUGAGAUGCUUGGGAACUUCAGCUUUGGCGAUUACUUCAAGAAGGAUGCAAUCAAAUGGGCAUGGGAGCUGACAACCAAGGAGUAUGGAUUACCCCCAGAAAGAUUGUGGAUUAGUGUAUUUGAAGAUGACGACGAGGCAUUCUCUAUUUGGCUCAAUGAGGUUGGUGUACCAAAGGAACGGAUAAAGAGGAUGGGCGAGGAUGAUAAUUUUUGGACUAGUGGUGCAACUGGACCUUGCGGACCAUGUUCUGAAAUGUAUUAUGAUUUCCAUCCUGAGAGAGGAUCCUUGAAUGCGGAUUUGAAUGAUGAUAGCCGAUUUAUCGAAUUCUAUAAUCUUGUCUUCAUGCAAUACAACAAAAAUGAUGAUGGAUCUCUAGAACCAUUGAAACAAAAGAACAUUGAUACAGGAAUGGGGCUUGAGCGUAUGGCGCGCAUUCUUCAAAAUGUUCCAAACAAUUACGAGACAGACUUGAUUUUCCCAAUAAUGGAAAAGGCAGCAAGCAUGGCUCUAGUUUCCUACAGUAAAGCUGAUAAUGCUAUGAGGACAAAUCUUAAAGUAAUUGGUGAUCACAUGAGGGCAGUUGUUUAUCUCAUAUCAGAUGGGGUCAUCCCCUCGAAUAUUGGGAGAGGAUAUGUUGUUCGAAGGCUUAUAAGAAGGGUAGUCCGGACUGGUAGAUUGAUAGGUAUGAGAGGUGAUGGGCAUGAGAACUCUGAAGGUGCAUUUUUACCUUCUCUAGCUGAGACAGUAAUCAGCCUUAGCAGUGAGAUAGAUCCAGAUGUUGAAUCAAGGCGGAAAUCGAUUCUUGGAGAACUUCAAAGGGAAGAGCUGCGAUUUGUACAGACUCUGGGAAGAGGUGAAAAGUUAUUAGAUGAACUUCUGGAUGAGGCAUUAGGUAGUGCUGGUGAUAUUGGAGACAAGCCUUGCCUAUCUGGAAAAGAUGUAUUUCUUUUAUAUGAUACAUAUGGUUUCCCCAUAGAGAUUACAGCUGAAAUAGCUAGCGAACGGGGUGUUACUAUUGAUAUGAAGGGAUUUGAUAUUGAAAUGGAAAACCAAAGAAAACAAUCUCAGGCUGCUCACAAUGUUAUCAAACUUUCUGUAGGAAAUGAGACCGAGAUUAUCAAAAGUAUCCCUGAUACUGAAUUUUUGGGGUAUGAGUCCCUUUUCGCAACAGCUGUUGUUAAAGGUAUUUUAAUCAAUGGAAACCCAGUAGAAAAUGUUUCAGAAGGUACUGAUGUGGAAAUACUAUUAGACCGAACACCGUUCUAUGCUGAAUCGGGUGGUCAAGUUGGAGAUAAUGGUUUCCUAUAUGUGUAUGGAGAGGAAGGUGGAAAACAAAAUGCAGUCAUAGAAAUCAAAGAUGUCCAAAAAUCCCUGGGGAACAUCUUUGUUCACAAAGGCACAAUUAAACAGGGGUCAGUCGAGGUUGGAAAGAAAAUCGACGCUGCAGUUGAUGGAAAACUGAGGCAGGGAGCCAAGGCUCAUCAUACUGCUACACAUCUACUACAGUCCGCUCUUAAAAGUGUCAUUGGUUCAGAGACAUCACAGGCCGGAUCCCUUGUGGCUUUUGACCGUCUUCGAUUUGACUUCAGUUUCCAUCGGCCCCUUACAGAAAAAGAAUUACUGGAAAUUGAAUCAUUGGUGAACCAAUGGAUUAGCGACGCAACACAUCUCGAGACAAAUGUGAUGGCAUUGCAAGAUGCGAAAAAUGCUGGUGCCACUGCAAUGUUUGGAGAAAAAUACGGUGAACAGGUUAGAGUUGUCGAGGUCCCUGGGGUGUCGAUGGAACUGUGUGGUGGAACUCAUGUCAGUAAUACUGCGGAGAUCCGUGGAUUCAAGAUAAUCUCAGAACAGGGAAUAGCUUCUGGAGUCAGAAGGAUUGAGGCAGUUGCAGGUGAUGCAUUUGUUGAGUAUGUUUGUUCACGGGACAACUACAUGCGACACUUAUGCUCUUCACUUAAGGUCAAAGCAGAAGAUGUCAACAGCAGAGUAGAAACAAUUGUUGAAGAACUAAGAACAGCGAGAAAUGAAGCAUCAUCUCUACGCAGCAAAAUCGCAGUGCUUAAAGCAGCAUCCCUGGCAAGUAAAGCUGUACUCGUUGAACCUCAUAAUGUCAGGAUCCUAGUUGAGAACAUGGGGGAUGUGGAUGCUGAUGGGCUGAAAAGCGCAGCCGAGCAUCUCGUGGGAACCCUCCAAGACCCAGCCGCGGUGAUUUUAGGUUCAAGUCCAGGAGACGGUAAGGUGAGCCUGGUCGCUGCCUUCAGUCCUGGAGUCGUGAAAUUGGGAGUGCAAGCAGGCAAGUUUGUGGGUGGGAUAGCGAAACUUUGCGGCGGAGGUGGUGGCGGCAAACCGAACUUUGCGCAGGCUGGUGGUCGGAAGCCAGAGAACUUGCCGGAUGCCCUAGAGAAGGCUAGAGCUGAAAUUGUUGCAGCGCUAUCUUCAAAAGCCAGCUGAUCUUCGAUAGAGCCAUUUACACACAUAGGAAAUAGAGCAUAUAUUCACAAACAUAUGUAAAUUGUUGCCCCUUUCUGGGUUUAUGUAAAUCGUUCCUUCUGGCCACCAAGAGUGCAAGCAGACAUUUUUUUUGGAUC